AUGCUUCCUGAUACGCUUCGCAACAGUGCCAUCCAAAUCCUUGAAGACGCUGGUCUUCCUCAAUUCAAUGAAGCAGACUUCACCAAGUGUAAUAUACCGAUUGCUCGUGGAGGAGGACGUUCUCGGCUGGUGUCUGGGACAUUGCAGACAGUAGAUGGACAUUCAUCUCAGGUUGUUAUUAAAGUGCUACGUGCUAGUUAUGCAUAUACAAAGCGAGUGAAAAAUGUAGACGAGUACAUUACAAAGCUUCUUGCAUACUUUGAGCGAGAAGUUGACAUCUGGAAGCGUGCUAGUGGGCAUUGCAACGUGGUUCGUCUUAUGGGGUUUUUCCCUAGCUUUGAAGGAGAGAUGUUCCCUGCGUUGGUUCUCCCCAAAUAUGAGCUUGGUAGUCUGCGUUCCAUUGCAUCAGCUGUUAUUCAGAUCUUUGGAAAACAAGACAAACUGAUUUUACUUCGUGACGUUGCACAAGGCCUUGCAUACUUGCACAGCAGCAACAUUAUCCAUAGGGAUAUUAAAGGCGCAAACAUUCUGGUUACUCAUGACGAACGGAUCAUUGCCUGUAUAAAUGAUUUCGGGUCUGCAAAGCUUAUGCAUCCGAUCCUUGAUCGGAUUGCCAACUCGACACAGACGAACUCAUUGAGGUGGUCACCACCAGAAUUCGUAAAUAAUGUUGAGGGAUAUAGCUAUUCAAGGCCAACACCUGCCAGCGAUAUGUGGUCGUUUGGAUGCUUGUUCCUUGAGGUGUUUACAGGAGUCGAUCCAUGGAAAGGUUCCUUUGAGGUUGAAGAAGAGCUCGAGCAAAACAGGCAUCCCCCAAUCCCAAGUGACGUGGACAUAGCAUCUGAAUACGUUGAGUUUAUGCUCAUGUGUUGGAAAACUCAACCCCAGGAGCGCAUUUCCGCAGAAAGAGCUGUGGAGCUAAUAGAUGACUUCAUCAAACGUCUGAGUUAA